UCUGUCGUGUAGUUUAUAAUUUGACCAAUCACAAAGCGCCACGGUCGCGACUUCUGUCUGAAAGCCGGUCUGAAAACAACUCGCUGCCACAGUCUUGUGAACAGUUUGUGGUGGCAUUGGAAUAUUUGUGUACGUCAUCUGCGGUACAGAAAGAAAAGUCUCUUACAAUGCAUCUUCAAAGAAAAUGGAAAUUUCUUCCGUGCUUCCUAUUUCUUGGAGUCUUUCUACCAGUCUCAGCGCGUCUCGCAGUGAUGUCUGUAGACCUGGGAGGAGAAUUUAUCAAGAUUGCAAUUGUUAAGCCUGGAGUCCCAAUGGAAAUUGUUCUUAACAAAGAGUCUUCAAGAAAAACCAACAAUAUUAUAGCAUUCAGGAAUGGAGAACGGCAGUUUGGUAAUGAUGCAUACAACACGGCAAUAAAAUUUCCCGAGAAAGCCUUCUUUUUCCUAUUGCAUGUCAUUGGUCGCCAGUAUGAUGACCCUAUCGUGCAACAGUAUAGAAAACGUUUUCCCUACUAUGAAAACGUUCUUGUCAAAGAUGAAGAGAGAGGAACUGUACUGUUCAAAGAAAAUGAUGAUACAUUAUACACCCCAGAAGAAUUACUUGGAAUGAUUCUUGAACAAGCCCAAGAAUAUGCCCAGGACUUUGCAGGGCAAGAGAUUAAAGAUGCAGUCAUCACUGUGCCAGCUUACUUCAAUCAAGCAGAGCGCCGGGCAGUGCGGACUGCUGCAGAACUUGCAGGCAUCAAUGUACUGCAGUUGAUGAGUGAUAAUGCUGCAGUGGCACUCAAUUAUGGAGUGUUCAGAAGAAAGAACUUCAACUCAACCACCCAGUACUAUGCAUUCUAUGAUAUGGGAACUACGAGCACCAUAGCAACAGUAGUAGCAUAUCAAGUUGUCAAGAUGAAGGAAGGUACAAGGGUAGAAUCAAACCCUCAACUAACCAUCAAGGGUGUUGGCUAUGACCGCAAUCUUGGAGGUCUUGAAAUGACGCUUCGACUAAGGGAUUAUCUGGCGGAUGUCUUUAACUCCCAGAAUAAGAGCAGCAAUAGAAUUCAGACAAAUCCCCGUGCCAUGGCCAAGCUUUUGAAAGAAGCAGAGCGUGUGAAGAAAGUGCUAAGUGCUAAUGCUGAUCAUACAGCCCAGGUGGAAGGGCUGUUUGAAGAGAAAGACUUCCAGACCAAGGUGACUCGUGAACAGUUGCUAGUUCUGGUCGAUGAUUUACUACAAAGAGUGAACAAGCCACUGGAGGAGGCACUAAAGGUGUCUGAAAUCACAAUGGAUGAAAUCAGUGAAGUCAUUCUAAUGGGAGGAGGAACACGCACCCCUAUGGUUCAGGAUCAACUGCUCAAAGCUACAGGAAGAAGUGAACUUGGUAAGAGCAUCAACACAGAUGAUGCAGCAGCACUUGGGGCUGUGUACCAAGCAGCUUACCUGGGCAAAGGCUUCAAGGUGAAGACAUUCCAUGUCAAAGAAGGAAACAUGUUUCCUAUCAAUGUGGAGUUUGAGAAGCAGAAGUCUGGAGACGAGACGGCAGAUAGUGGCCGCACAAUAAAGAGAACGCUGUUUGGUCGUAUGAAUCCCUUCCCACAGAAGAAGGUGAUGACGUUCAACAAACACUUUAAAGACUUCACCUUCGAUGUCCGAUACGGAGACCUUGAUUUUUUGGACCCAAUUGAAAGAAAGACCUUCACCAGUCUGUCUCUCAGCAAUAUUAGCUUGCAAGGUGUUGCUGAUGCACUGGCCAAACAUGGUGAGGAAGCUGAUUACAAAGGGGUCAAAGUUCAUUUCAGAAUGGAUGAGAGUGGCAUACUGCACCUUGAGCAGGUGGAGUCGGUGUUUGAAAAGCAGCAGAUAGCUGAAGAUAAAAAGGAGGAUGAAUCAACUUGGUCUAAAAUUGGCAGUGCGUUUGGUGGCCUCUUUGGAGGAUCAAAAGAAGGAGAAGAGGAUGGCAGUAAAAUUGAGCCAUCAGUUGAUGAGGGAGAGCGACCACUGCAUGGUGAAACUAAUGAGACUGUUUCUAGUUCAGACCAGUCUGAACAAGCAAAGGCUAGCUCAGACGGGUCUGAACAGGCUGAUUCUAAGCUGUCUGAGGAGCAGAAAAAUGAAAAGCCAAAAGUAGAACCAGAGGAGGUAGAAAACAAAGAAAAGGAAGCAAGCGAAAAGCCUCAGGAAGGAGAGGAGAAAGACAUCAAGGAAGAUACAGGCUCAGACAAGGAGGAAGACAAGUCAGACAAGAAAGAUGACAAAGCAAGCAAGAAAAAGGAAGAAAAAGCAGAUGCAGCAAGCAAAGACACUACUGAUGAGAAAGACCAGAAGGAUGAGAAGAAAGCAGCAACACAAAAGACAGUGACAGUUCGUGAAAACUUAAAGGUGGAGGUCGAAGUUAAGGACCUGAGUGACCUUUCCAAAGAGAGGCUAACACAAGCCAAGAAGAGGCUUGCAGUGCUGCGUAAAAAGGACAAAGAAAAGGCAGACUUGGAGAAGGCCAAAAAUGAAUUGGAAGGUUUCAUUUUUGACACACAGGACAAGCUUAGCCAGGAGCAGUACGAGAUCUGUUCCACAGAAGAGGAACGCCAGAACAUUCUGCAACAGCUGUCGGAGGCGUCAGACUGGCUGUAUGAUCAGCCAGAAGGCACUAAGAAAGAGGCAUUCAUAAACAAACUUAAGGAUCUGAAGGAGCUGAUGAAGAACAUUAACCUGCGAGUGUAUGAAAAGGAAGAGCGACCCAAGGCCCUGGAGGCAUUGAAACAACAUCUGAACUCCACCAGGUUCUUUCUGCAGACAGUAAAAAACAUGAGUAGCACUGAGGAAUCCAUCUUCACCGAAGUGGAGCUUAAAACAUUGGAGAAACUCGUCAGUGAUACAGAGGCAUGGCGGGAUGAGGCUUUGAAAGAACAGGCUAAGGUCCCAGAUCAUGAAAACCCAACGUUACUGGUUGAAACAAUUGGAUCUAAAAUUUAUGCUUUGGAUCGAGAAAUGAAAUACCUGAUCAAUAAGGUUAAAAGUUUCCGACCAAAACCAAAAGUGGACCCCAAAAAUACCACAACAAAAGAAGACAAAAAAGAUGACCAAAAGUCAAAGUCAGAUACAGAAGAAGAAAAAACAGAUGAUGAAGAUGGGACAGUAGAAGAGGAAGACGAAGCAGACACAGUCAUUCCAGAGUCGCAAGAGGCUGCCCCAGAGACAGCACCUAAAGAAGAUCAGCAAGAAAGCACAGUAAAAACCCCUGAGGCAGGUUCAGAAAAGGAGAGAUCGAAGACUACAGAUAAGAAAAAGAAGCAGCCCAAGCAAAAGCAGCAGCAGAAAUCAAAAACGGAUCAAGAGGAAGAAGUUUUAGAAAUAGGAUCGAAGAAAAGACGAGCUGAAAAAGCCUCUGAGGAACCAAAGGAGGAAUUAUAACAAAGGUUUUAGUUCCAUUUGUUGAGAGAAAAUAUUUUGGGUUUUUUUUUUUUUUUUAAUUUUUGUUUUUGUUAAAACACCAAACGACAAAAAGACCUGAAUUGUCCCUGGGACAGGUCAGCUGUACAACAGAUCAACACUAGCUAAGACCAACAAAGUUGAAUGAUUGCAAGUGGUAUGCAUGGAUGGUAUAUGGUGGCUCUUUGAGAAUGUUAUUGUUGCUGUGGUAUGUGUUCUGUAAAUGUGUUAGACAUUUUUUAGUUUUGUGCAUGAUAGUGUUGGAUUUUCCCAUUAUUUAAUUCAUUUAUGGGUUAUGUUCAGUGUUUAGAAAACUUCCUAGAAUUGUAUGAUAUAUUGGAACAGACUUGAUCACUAGAACAAUUUUUUGAUUCUUAAAAAAAAAUACUUUAAAAGUGCCAUGCUUCAAGUUUAAUUUCACUUUUAAUUAUUCCACCCACAAUAGCUUGUCUCCAUGUAAAAGGAAUUUUUUGUGGACUGAGACUGCUGCAAAAUUUGCAGGCUUAAACUUUCUUUCUCAAAACUGUCAUUGAAAUUUGGUAAUAAUCAUUAUUUCAUUUUAAUUAAGAAAAUGAAAUUAACCCCAGAACUGUUCCAGAAUGUAAAUAUCCAACGUAAACAGAUAUAAUGAGAUCUGCAGAGUAAUAUAUUAGAGUCCAAAUAUAACUGGGCAGUUAGUGGAAGACAAAUUAUCUGUGAUUCAUUUUAAUGUCUUUUUUUUAAACUACUCUUUUGGAAGGGAAUAAGGUUAAAUAUAAUAUAAUGGUUUCUGGAAUAACUUCUUUUCCCAGUGAAGUUAAAUAGUUUAUGAGUUCUGUGGACUUAAACACACACACAUACCUCUGCCCCUUUCCCAUCAAUUCUAUUUUCUUUUUUACUGUUGAUUACAUUUGACAUCAAUUAACAAGAUGGCAUGCCCACAUUACUUUGCUAAACUUCUACAUAAAUACAAAACAGUGCAUGUUGUAUAGAUUUUUGAACUUCUUGAUUGCACAAAGUUAAAGACCUUUUUUCUUUCAUGCCUUUAGAAUACAGUUUGAUUCAUCAACCAUUGUGAUGAAACUCUUGAAAUUUUACUCACUUCCUAACAGUUGGGACCUUUCCUUGGCAGAUAAACAGGUUAAUGUCGUGCCUCCAAAGAAGGCUGAUUGUAUGCCUAGAUUUCUUUCUUCAUUCUUACCUUCCAUUUUACCAUCAUUCAUUUAGCUCAUUUAUGAAAUGAAUCCUUUUCUCAUCUUCACUCCAGUCUCCUACUGCAGGAAAAACGACCUUUCACCUAGCAUGGAUGCAGUUCCUACUCUCCUGACACUUUGGAAAAGCCAAAAUGUGUUGUACCUCAGUGUCAAUGGGCUUAUUGUGUUGAUGUACUUGGCCAACGUUGAUCUGCAUUGCCACUGAUCGUUUCAUGGAAAAACACUGGUGACGAGAACUCACAAACCAACGUUUGCAUCACUUGUGUGACUGUUGGUUACCACAGACCAACAUUUAAAAUCUGGCACAGGCCAUGAACCAAAACAUGGGGCAAAAGAUUUUUUUUUUUUAAUGUAAAAUACAUUGUAUUUUGUAUAAUGUAAAAUACAAAGAGUGGGCCAUAAGUUGCGCACCAAAGAAUUAAGUGUUUGGGCGAAGAGGCACUGUAGAAUGGCCACCAAGGUCCUCUGACUUGACCCCAAUGAAUUUUUAUUUUUUGGGCCACCUCAAGCAAAUAGUCUACAAGAAUUGCAGAUGUCGACCAUCUUCGCCAGCAGAUAAUUUGUGGGUGCAAUCACAUAGAUGGAAACAGCAACUUGAUAAAGCUUAUGGAAAUUUUGAACAUCAACUGAAAUUGUGCGUCAACGCAAAUGGCGAGCAUUUUGAGCAUUUGUGAUUGUACCAGACCAGAAUCAGAUAAGCCAGGUGUCAAGGGAUAGGUAAAGAUAGUUGUGAGCCUCACCCUUUCGGUCAGCAUGUCACCUGAGCUUAAGGGACUGGUGAAGAAUAGAUUCAUACUAAUUAUGUAUAAACUUAAACACAGCCAUUAAUAUUAUCUGCCUCCCCCCCCCCUUUUUUUUUUUAUUUAGGCCACUUGAUGGUUAAAGCUAUUCAUGUUCAUUAAAUGUUUAAUUUCUGACCAAACAUGGAAGUAUGUCUACUGUUCUAUUUCUGAGCACUGACUUAGAAAUAAAAUGUUGAUGAGAAAUAUUUAUAGUUGUGAAGGGUAUGUGCGUAAAGAGAUGGGGGUCCAACCCCUUUGAAAUAGAAGGUGAAAGAUUAUGUGACAAAUGUAUGAAUUUACCUUUGAUCAGACAACAGUUGGUGCAUGUCAGUGAGAACAUUGUUAAACAUGAUUAAGUGGAAAUAAAUAUUUUUGUCAUGUU